AACAUAGGUAAGUCGGAAAUUAGGGAGGUGCUACAACUAAUGUUUUUAUUUUAAAUAUUACGAAAGUAUUACUAUUACAAAAAUACACUUUCUGCAUAGUUUUUAUUUUAUUAAAAUGAGUGGACGGUCAUGAAUUAGGUUAAACCCCUAUGAUUCUUCUAAACUAAAUUUAAGGAAAAAAUUUAUGCAAAAUUUAUAUUUUACGGUUUAUUUAGAAACUUUUAUCUCUUGCAAUCUCUUCAUAAUACUUAACUUUCAACCUAAACAAUAAAAUCUAAAGCAAUGCAUAACGAGAUAAAAAAAAUAAAUAAAGACAAUCUAGUGUGCUGGUGUCCCUUUCUAAGACGUUUCUAAUUAUCGUUAAAUUCGACUAAUGUAUUCAAAAAUUUAUUAUCUAAUCAUUUAAUAGUUCAAUAAUAAGAGUUUUAAUUCAAUAAUGGUGAAUUACACUAAUAACGAAAUGACAGAUAUGCAUUUUAUAGGCGGGCGUGCAAACAAAAUUAUAUAUUAUGCAACAAGUAGGGUAAUACUAUACUUUUUCUACGACCGUUAGUUUUUGGGUACAUUUUCGCAAAACAACACGAAUACGUUCACUGACAUGACUGUCAGAAUUGACAAAUGUCAAAAUUCAAAGCGUCGGAAAUAUCUCCGAAAAUAUCCGAUUGCUCCCAAACCCGUGCGGUAAAAUCCCAGAAAUGUUCGAAGUAGCUCGGAUUCGUGGGAAACGAAACUGACGUGGUAAAGUUUAUAGUAUCAGAAAUGUUGAUUUACCCAUUAUUUCUAAAUUGAAAUUGUUUUAGAAGAUAACUGGUAAAUGUUGGUGCCAACUAAAUUAUUUUUCUAAAGUAACUUUUUUUUUCCAUAUGCAUAUUUGUGAAUGUCUCUAGGAUUUCUGUAAAUGUCCAUUCAAGUUAAAUCUUCAAAGAGCUCGUUAGAUUUCCGCGGAUUAUUGAGGGUUUGUUUAUAAAAAAUGCAUAUCGCUUGCUAAAUGCAUUGAAGUCCUCACUAGAGAUUAAUAGUAUUUAAUGAUGUUCAUUAGAAAAUGUUAUUUUUUCCUUGAUGAUUUAAGUUUACCAGUUCAUGUGAUGUAAUUUACAAAACGCUCUAUCGUAAUUCUUGGAUUAUCAAGACUUUACUUUUUUGAUGUUUGCAUUCAGCAAUUUACCCUUCGGCGUGUACGAAACGAACCCCCACCACCCCGCCGCGCGCACAUCAUCCCACCGCCGAUCCGGUUACGCGCGCCGCCCCAACGCGGUGGCGGCGGCCGCCGCACACGAGUCCUCCGCCUCUCGCGAGACACACGCUCGACUGUCAUGGCGACGCCCCCUACCGAACGACUCUGAAGACGCGCGAUCAUGCAAGAAGUGCUGAACAAAAGCAAUCCGAUAUCGUCGACAUGGAACUGUUCAGGCGAAGCUUAUUGCGGCACGAACUUUUGGUUCACCGUCAACGUGCUCAUCACUGUCGUCACGAUAUCGGGAAACCUGCUGACCAUUUUCGCGAUACUCCUCAGCAGGCACCUGUCUUCGAUGGUCGCCAACCAGUUCGUGUUCAGCCUCGCCGUCAGCGACUUCUUUGUCGGCUGCUCGUUGCCGUACCACAUGGCGUUCUACGUCAUCGACAAUUUCGGCGCGGACCGCCUCAACUGCCUCCUGAGGUUCCUGCUCAUCCAGUUCGCGUGUUCGAGCUCCAUCUGCAACCUACUGCUGAUCGCGACCGACAGGUAUAUCGCGGUCAUUUACCCGCUGCACUACGCGAGCAAAGUGACCCGCAGGACCUCGCUGACGAUGAUCCUCGUCGGGUGGGCGUUCAGUUUUUCGCUGGCCGCGGUCCUUCUGGUGUGGAACGAGUGGCGGGAUGGUAGCCAGUGCGAAUUGGUGGUGGUCGUGCCCGCGAAUUACAUGAACUUCAUUGUGUUCCCGAUGUUCGUGCUCACCUGGAGCAUAAUGCUGUUGCUGUACAGCAGGAUCUGCAGGGAGGCGACCGGACACGCGCAGCGGAUACGCAGCAGCAAUCAGAGCAUACCGGCACUCCGGGAUUCCAAGUCGUUUCAAGUGAUGCUGACGAUCCUCGGCUAUUUCACCGUCUUCUGGAUGCCGUACCUGAUCAUUGCGAUCUGUGCGAGAUACUACCGCGAACGCAACUUCGCCCUCCUCUACGAGGUGGCGUUCAACCUGGCGGUCGCGAAUUCCGGCAUGAACCCGGUGAUCUACGCGUGGAAGAAUCGCAACUUUCGCGACGCGUUCCUCAAGCUGAUCCGGUGCAAGUCGCCGGACGCGCAGCCCUGCGGCGCGAACUACGUCACAGACCAUGUGCCGAGCAAGAAGAGUUCGCUCGCGGUCCACGCGGUCUUUGGCGUGGUCGACGAAAAUGUCGCUAGGACGGAUAACGGCUGUUCGGUGUCUAUGCCCGGUUCCGACACCACGGACGUAAUCGAAAUAACCGAAAGCACGGUGGAAUGACUACGAGAAACAAUAAGCCAACUCCCUGUCAUCGGUCUCUUCGAUGUUAAUAAUAUCGACCAAUAUCGAUGCGUUCGCUAACCAGAAAUUAAUAUUUCACUAGGAUUCUCCGUAUCUAUCAUCGAAGCUCUCUGGUGUAUAGCAUAAAUUCAAAUUCAAAAUACAGAAGUGCAUCUCUGUCGCAGCCGACGAAAAAUAGCGGCCUGGGCGCGUAUUGCCGGUAUUCGUGGUCACGUGACAGUAACAGAUCCAGGAUUGAAAUAGGCUACAUUGCAACAAAAUAGUUUCCUAAAGGUUUCCUUUAAUAUUAAUUAUCUAAAAGUAUUUGGAAACUUAUUUUAGAGUCAGGUAUUUUUUAUUGUAUUAGUAUCAAUUGUUUUUUACAUAUUUUUACUAUCUACAAUUAUUACAAGCUUUUAUUUAACAUGCAAUCUCACAACAAACUUAUCUCCCAGUGAUGAAACCUUUUUGGCAUUUUCAAAGGUUUUUUGUGUCUCUAGGCUUGCUUGUAUCGCUGCCUCCAUUUGCUCAGCUUCGAUAUCAGCCAAACUAACAACAUUGGGCUGUGUUUGGGUAAAGUACUUUGGGGCAUUCUCGAAAAUAGUUGGCACAGCACCUUCCGCUAAUUUUGGCCACUCACGAGUAUAUUCUUUGUACUCUCCUUUAACUAGGCACUUGUCAAACCAAAUAUCUUUCUCUGCAAAAUGUUUUCUACAUACAGCUGGUUUCUUUAAUUGUCUAAUAUCAUUAGGUAUCUUUCUUAGCCAAACUUCUUUUUGAUUCUGAUUGAUUUCUGGUACUUGGUUUUUAUCACAAAUGCCCACGGGUUUUUUUCUCAAACAUUUUAGUUAUUGAUAACACAAAAAAUACAGUUAAAAACCGAGUUUGAAAGUUUAAAAUACGGCGGUGUAACCUACAAACACUGAUAUCCAAAGACACAACUUUGCGGGCAGUUUGCACCGUUGUUUGUCCGAUUUAUGUCACUUGGCUCUUACUACGAAUCCACAUGGGUUUUUAAAGCAUUCCAGUUAUUACUGACACAAAAGAAAACAGUCAAAAAACCGAGUUUUAAACAAUUUAAUACGAGGGUAACCUACAUGAACAUACGUGUUUUCCCGGACCGCAGCCGGACUGACUGAAAUUGCUGGAUCUAUUAGAGUCACGUGACUUUCGCGCGGCAGGGCCGGUCUUUUUCGUCGGCUGCGAUGUCUGUAUACUGACGUCAUUCAUACGGUCUCAAAAAAUUCAGGGUUGGCAUACUGAUUCUCGCAGAGUUAAAAAAAAGAAGAAGAAACGGCCGUUAUCAAGGAAGGACGUGUGCAACGGUGCUACGGUGUUAAGAAGAAGAAACUGGCAAGUGGGUCCGGAGUUGAGGCAGACUUUGAAGUGUGCGUGCUCAUUUACAACGUCGGAAAACUGUGAUAUUAGAUAUUCUUACGGACGUCGGCCGAAAAAUGCUGUGCGAGAAAUUUUUAGAAAAAAUUGUAAUUUUUUGU